AUUUCCCACCAAUUUUCUAUUUUCCUAUUUCUUCUGUUCUCUCUCUCUCUCUCUCUCUCAGCAGCCAUUAUCACUACGGUAUCCGUGCCUUCAAAAUUGCACCCCUAAGUUCUGUAUGAAUUUAUGUCUUUCCAGGCGCGCCACCACAACUUCGUUUCUUCCAGCUCCUCAGGUCCAUGGUCUCCAGUUAAACCAGUCAAAGCCUAUUUCUUUAAUGGAAAUAUUGUUGGUUUGGAUCACCUGAUAUUUUAUCAUUGUUAUACAAGGAAGAAAAAUCAUGUAAGGCUUUCCCAUGGGGAAAAUGGUAAAUUUAGUCUUAGCUUCAGGUUGUCAGAUUUAAGAAAACAAUCUGGUAGCUUUCAUAAAGUAAGGAGGAUAGACCGUCUCCUGCAUUUGGCUUCUGCUGAUGAUGGUGUGACAGUUAAUGGAAGUCCGCAAGCAAGAACCAGCAAUGAUGUUGAGGAAAUGAGAUAUAAAUUGAAUCAGUCUUUGCAGGAUGAAGAUAACAACACAGGCCUUGUCCAAUUAUUGCAUGAUGCUGCAAGGGUAUUUGAGCUGGCAAUUAAAGAGCAAAGCACUUUGUCAAAGAUAUCCUGGUUCUCAACUGCCUGGCUUGGUGUAGACAAAAGCAGUUGGGCUAAGGCACUUUCUUAUCAGGCCUCUGCGUAUGCUCUUCUACAAGCAGCAAGCGAGAUCUCAUCUCGAGGUGAUGGAAGAGACAGAGAUAUCAAUGUUUUUGUACAGAGGAGCCUGUCCCGGCAAUCUGCUCCAUUGGAGAGCAUAAUUAACGAGAAGUUGUUAGCCAAACAGCCUGAAGCUUACGAUUGGUUUUGGUCUGAGCAAAUGCCAACUGUGGUGACCAGUUUCAUUAAUUAUUUUGAAAAGGAGCAGCGUUUUGCCUCCGCUACUUUGCUAUACAGAAAAGACGUUUCCUCGGUUUCAGGCAAUCCAAGUGACAUAUCCCUUCUCAUGCUUGUACUUAGUUGCAUCGCAGCAAUCAUGAAACUUGGCCCAACUAAAGUAUCUUGUGCUCAAUUCUUUUCGGUUCUUCCCGACAUAACUGGAAGAUUGAUGGACAUGCUGGUUGAAUUUGUUCCUGUUCGCCAAGCUUAUCAUUUGAUAAAGGAAAUUGGUCUGCGUAGAGAAUUUCUUGUCCAUUUUGGUCCUCGAGCUGCUGCAUGCCGAAUAAAGAAUGAGUUGGGUGCUGAAGAGAUUAUGUUUUGGGUGAGUCUAGUACAAAAACAGCUGCAACGAGCCAUUGAUCGGGAGAGAAUAUGGUCCAGACUCACAACAAGCGAAAGUAUUGAGGUUCUGGAGAGGGAUUUGACCAUAUUUGGGUUCUUCAUUGCCUUGGGGAGAAGUACACAGUCCUUUCUAUUCGCUAAUGGCUUUGAGUCCAUGGAUGAACCUGUUGAAGGACUUAUAAGGUACCUAAUUGGAGGAAGCGUGCUAUAUUAUCCUCAGCUGUCAGCAAUUAGUUCUUACCAACUGUAUGUGGAGGUUGUGUGUGAAGAGCUGGAUUGGCUACCUUUUUAUGCAGGCACCAGCAGUACCCCCAUACAUGUUGUUGGACACAAAACUAAAGAGGGUCCCCCAAAUACUGAAGCUAUUCCCCUGGUAUUAGAUGUGUGCUCUCACUGGAUCGAGAGCUUUAUAAAGUACAGUAAAUGGCUGGAGAAUCCAUCUAAUGUUAAGGCAGCUAGGUUCCUUUCUAAAGGGCACAACAAAUUAAAAGCAUGCAUGGAAGAGCUCGGAAUACAAAAGGAUCAGUCACCAGUUGAUAAAGAGUCACUAUCGUUUGAUAAGGCACUGGAGAGUGUUGAAGAAGCUCUUUUACGGCUUGAAGAAUUACUUCAGGAGCUGCAUGUGUCAAGCUCUAGUUCUGGAAAGGAGCACUUGAAAGCUGCCUGUUCAGACCUUGAAAGGAUUCGAAGGCUUAAGAAAGAGGCUGAAUUUCUUGAGGCAUCUUUCAGAGCCAAGGAAGCUUCUCUUCAGCAGGGAGAUGUCAGUGGGUCUAGAAUUCCAGCGGGUGAGCAGAUACAGUAUUCCCGAGGAAAAGGUAGCAAAAGUUCCAACAAAGAAAUGGAUAAGAACAGCAGUUCUCCUGGAUUAUGGAGUUUCUUAAUACGCCGCCCAGCCAAACCGUCUGGCCUGAGCUCUCCACCUGCCAGUGAUAGUGAUGAUGGAUUCUUUGAACACGAAACUGCAAGUGAGGAAAUAGCUGACUCGGAAUCAAAUGAAAUUCAGCGGUUUGAACUUUUAAGGAGUGAACUAAUGGAACUUGAGAAACGAGUUCAGAGAAGUGCGGACCGAUGUGAAUAUGAAGAGGAGGAAAUUCAGGUUAAAGAUGUUGCAUCAGUAUAUGGUACUGAUUCUAAAGACACUAGGUUGGUUCAGGUUCAGAAGAAAGAUGGUAUUAUUGAUAAAUCACUGAAUAAGCUGAAAAAGACAAGCACGGAUGUUUUACAAGGCACUCAGCUUCUAGCCAUUGACACUGCUGCUGCUUUGGGUCUGCUUCAGAGAGUGCUAAUAGGGGAUGAAUUAACAGAAAAAGAAAAACAGGCUCUCAGAAGAACAUUGACCGAUUUAGCAUCAGUUGUCCCAAUUGGCAUUCUCAUGCUCCUUCCGGUCACUGCAGUAGGUCAUGCUGCUAUGUUAGCUGCAAUUCAACGCUACAUGCCGUCAUUGAUACCUUCCACUUAUGGACCUGAAAGGUUAUAUCUCUUGAGGCAGCUGGAGAAAGUAAAGGAAAUGGAAGAUGGGGUAAGUGCAAAUGAAAAUGAUGAGGAAUAAUAUCCCAACAGAAGCCUCAACCAGACAUUCUAGCCCUAUGCACCAUGCUGCGUAAUGAACAUUUUCUCACACUGAUCACACCCCAAAUGGUUGCCAUUAGCUCAUUUUAUAGUAAGGCACCAAAGGGCUGCAGUCUUCUGGCAUUGACUGGAUUAGCUGGUUCACCCGGUUGCUACAUGGGUGACCCUGCUUUCUAAUUCCGUCAACUGCGUGAUGUUCGCAAACUGGCAAUUUGUUGUACUAUCCAUUUGUUUUGCUACCAUGUAUAUAACUCUAUCAUGUAGUUGAUCAGACUCCAGCUUCUUGUAGUUUGUUUCUGGUUCUCUACUGAUACUGGAGUCGACACUGUAAUUUCCAAUGUGUAGCUUGUAACAUUGAAGCAAUUAUAGAUUACGACAUGAACAAGUGUGGAAGGAUAGAGUUUGAGUGUUUGCGAUACAGCACUUAAGGUUGCAUGAA